AUGUUCGGCGGCGCGGGCGACGGCGGGGCGCCCGGCGCGCCGAACGCGUCGUCGUCGCCGCGCGCGCGGGCGUCGGAUGCGACGGCGCGUUCGCCGUUCGGGCGAACGAAUCAGACGACGGGCGUCGACGCGCCGGCGUUCGCGCAGCCGGGCGCGUGGACGCUCGGGAACGCGAGCGGGACGAGCGCGUCGACGGCGUUCGGUGGUGGGCAACCGUCGUCGGUGGUGUUCGGUGGAGCGUCGGGGGCGGCGCCGGGGAUGACGACGUCGCCGUUCGGUUCGAACGCGCGGGCUUCGACGCCGUUCGCGCCCGUCGUGAGGUCGUCGCCGUUCGGUGGGUCAUCCGCCGUGGGCGCGUCGAGCGCGUUCGGGGGGUUCGGGUCGUCGCCGACGUCGUCCACGCCGUUUACGGCGACGGCGCCCGAGGCGAAGUCCGAAGGAGGCUUCGGUUUCGGCUCUACGCAGACGCGCGCGGCUUUUGGGAGCAGUCCUUUCGGUGGACAGUCAACGCAGCCGUCGAGUCCGUUCGGCGCGUCCACGAGUCAACUGGCGCAAUCUUCGAGCCCAUUCGGUGGAUUUGGUGCGUCGACGUCGGCGCCAUCGCCGACGGCGUUCGGAGGGACGGCGUCGCCGAUGAGUCCGUUUGGUGCUCAGGCGGUGGCCUCGAGUCCUUUCGGAGGGACGACUUCGGUGAUCGCUUCGACGCCGGCGUUUGGCGGUGGUACUUUUGGCGCGCAGACGACACCCAUGAGUAGUUUCGGCGGCGCAACCGCACCGAUGACGGCACCAACAAUCGCUUUCGGCUCAACUCCCGCGAACCAGAGCUUGAACGCGAGCGCGUCGCCGUUCGCUCCGACGCCAAGUUUCAAAUCGCCAUCCGUACCACAGCCGUUCACGUUUGGCGGAGCCCAACCAGAUGACGACGCAAAGAAGGCAUUUGUACCACCGAAGCCGCGGGGAUUAGUUGAAAGGCUGACUAACGAGGAGCCAUCGACGUCAGCCGUGAUGGGAGAAGAGCUGGGAGAAGUGAGCGCAGGGAAGGGACACGUAGUUGGGACUUGCGAUCUGAUGUGUCCCGAGAGCGAACGAGAGUUUAGAAGUUCAACUGGCGAUUUAGAAGUUUUUGAAAGGGUGGAUUCAGCGGAUCGAACGCGCUCAAGCGCGGAUCUUUGCGUGAAGAAGUACACGCGGAUUGUCGAUGGUAUCACGCCUGACAUGGUUCGCACGAAGAAAGGGUUGCAGCUCGCGAGUGAUCAACUCUGGAGGGUUUUAGAUGGUAGAAGUGAGGACUUCAUGACAAAGAGUAAGUUCCUGUGGGACAGGCUACGCUCGAUUCGUCAAGACUUGAAUCUACAGCAAAUUACAGAUUCUUUUGCAGUGAAGCUGAUGGAGCAGAUGGUUCGUUACACAAUUUUGGCCGAACACGAGCUCUGCGAAGAAACCGCAUCGGCCACGAAUCCAGACGGUCACAACUCGCAUUUGAACGUAGAGCAACUGACGAAAACUCUCACGUCAUUGCGUCACAUGUACGACGAUCACGCUGCUCGUGGACAACGGCUUAGCGUUGAUUCCGAGGCAGAGAUGUACUGUUAUCAGCUGUUGCUUAGAAUCGACUCACACGGUCGAUACGCCGUGCAGCGCUCGGAGAUGCUGAACGAUUUGCGAGGGGUCCGUCCUGAGGUUCUUGCGCACCCAGACGUCGUGUUCGCGCUCGAGUGUCACCGGGCCUACCGCGAAAGCAACGCCGCCGCCUUCUUCCGCCUUGUGAAGAAAGCAUCCUACUUGCAAGCGUGCUGCCUGCACAAGUUUUUCAACAGCAUCCGAGGCAAAGCAUUGGAGAUAAUGAACUCGACUUUCGGAAAGUUCGCCAUGGGGCUCACUGAAAUCGCCCGCCUUUUACAUACUGACGAUAUUGAGACAGAGGCGCUGUGUAUUCACCAUGGAUUGAACGUGAGUCGGGGCAAGAGCGGCGAAAAACCACCCGCUGUGAUCAUGCGUGAAUCGUCCUAUAUCUCCCCUGCGGAGGAGUUUCCUAUUUGCCGUUCAGAUUUAGUCACAAACAAGCGGUCGGAGUCGUAUCUGCUAGAGAUUGUUGGUAAGGACGAGGCGAGCAGAAUCCUUGCGAAGAAGCUUCCCGAGGUGACUUCAGCCAUCUCGCCUUCACAACCGCUCAAGGCAGCUCCCGCUCAGUUGACGGAGGCGGAGAAAAAGAAAAAGCAGGCAGACGAGUUGCGAGCUAAGAUAGCCGAGCGAGAAGCGGCCCUCGCCGCUGAGCGCGCGGCAAUCGCCGCCAAGAAGCGAGAGAUUGAGGAGCGCAAGGCUGCGGAGAAAAUUGCUGCCGAUGAGGCUGAUCGAAAAGCAAAGGAGGCUCAAGAGGCGGCAAAGCGCGCGGAAGAGGAGGCUAGAGCGGCCGAAGCCAAGGCAAAGGCAGAAGCGGAAGCCGCUGAGGCUGAACAAAGACGGAUUGCGGAAGAGGCAGCUCGAGCUAAGGCUGAAGUAGAAGCACAAGCUCUCGCAGAAGCUGAGCGAAAGCGAGCCGAGGAAGAGGCUGAAAGGCGACGACUCGCCGCGGAGCAACGCGCUCGAGAGGCAGCUGAAGCAGCGAGACUAGCUGCCAUAGCAAAGAUGGAGGCCGAGGAGCGUGCGCGUCGAGCCGCAGCCGCUGAGAAAGAACGCCAGCGGCUGAUUGCUGAGGAGACGGAGCGUCGGCAAGCUGCUGAAGCAAAGGCGGCACGGAAAACAGCCAAAAUGCAGAUGAUGGUCAAACGUCUUUCGUUCUCUCUAUGGCGCAUGAAUGCGAAAGAAUUCAAGCGAGAGAGGCUGAUUGAUGAUGCACUACUCAUGGCGAGUCCUGCGCCUGCAUUGAACAUGGGUCGUAAAGGGCUCUUCUCUGUGAGCGCUGGGUCGGCGCGACCGACAGACGUGCUGGCGCAACUUCGUGAAAGAAUCGAAUCAUCGCGCUCUCCUGAGUUCGGUACGGCUUUGGAUAUGUCGCAGACGAUCGGUUUAGCGCUACACGACGCCGCUGCAAUGGCAGCACCAAGCGCUUUGGUUUGGAAAUGUCUCCUUUGCACAGGCGCCGAGGCUGAUUCCGGACCGCGGGCGUCGUCGCGACCGCGAACACCUUCAGCCAUGAUAGCUGCCGAGUGGCUCCGAAGUAAGCUUACUAGAAGUGGCGGCGCGUCCGUGACCACGACGGGCACGGGAACAAUCCUCUCACUGUACGGCACCCGGCUUCCGGCCCUCGGGGCUGGGCAGGAAAGUGGCUUUGAGAUUGGUCCGCUCGCUUGGAUCGUGGUGAGAGACGUACCUGCGAUGAUGGAACGCCCGGAAGGCGCGGAUAAGGGUGCGUCAGCGGGUAUUUUCAUCCUUGAUUGCGGUGAUGGUAUGUGCGAUGACCAUGAGUUAACGCGUUUGCGAGCGUUUCACUCCGCCGUUGAAAGAGGUGACACGCCGCUCAUAAUCUUAGUUGUAUCUCGAGAAGGCGCACGCCGUAAGGAUAUCGAGCGCUCCAUCGAAAGCAUUGGCAUCGCAGAUGCGUUGGUGACAUUCCUCCCGAGCGGAAGUCCAGAGAUGUGGGCGGAUGAGAGAUUUGGCGAAAUGCUCGUCUGGGCGGCCGAGCGCUCCCCGAAGGCUCCGCGAAGGAGGAUUGCGUAUUUAUCUUCGGAAAUAGAAGAGGCUCUGCGUCCCGGAUACAUCAACUUGACGGUCAAGCCGCACGUGAAUCCGAAGGCGUGUGUUCGCGCAUUCAACGACGCGCUCGAUCAGGUAGAGUCGAAGAUCCUGGAGGCUGCGAGGAGCGACGAUGGAGCUGAGUGGCCUCCAGUUGAGAUCAGUCUGGUGGACACCGCGCUGCCGCCUCCGGGAUGGAGAUCUGAAGCACGUCGCAGAAAGGUGAUCAAUCUGCUUAAUUCUGUUCGGUUGCCUGAUUUUAUUGUCGGGGAAAAUCCAGCGCACGCAUUCAUCGAGUACGUGGCGAAGGUUUUGCCGCAGUAUCCGGACGAAUAUGGACGCUGCAUGCUUGCGCAGGUGCAGUACGAUCCGCAUUUUCACAAGCGAGAAGACGUCCCCUGGGUCAGCUUAUUCCAAUCACUGAUCACGCUCUUACUGAGUGGAUUGGAGAGUCGCAGUCGCGACGAGCGCAUAUACCUGCCGCCGGGCCAUCCAUCGUACACACACAUUCCGUAUGAACCGGAGCCAGAGCUCUUGACGACAACGCCUGCUUCGGCACCGAGCCAAUCCACGUCGCGCAAGCGAAAGCUCGACGAGCCCGAUUCCCGUCCAAGCACGAAUCGAAUCGUCGAGCUUGAUUCCGUACCGCUCGACCUAUCACGCGCGGCCGCGGAUGAUUUGCGCCGGCGCGUCGCCGCCCAGUCGCGCAUGUUGGACGCUUCCGAGCGUUGGCUCGCCGCAGUCGCAUCCAACGCCCCCGGCACCACCGACGACCCAUCCGCGUACGAUGACAUCGAUACCAUCAUACCAUCCCUCUUAGCCGCCGAGCGCGCCGCAGAGGCUCGGCUUCGCGCUCUCUUAGACGCCACCUAG